CUUACCUAAAUAUUUUUUUUUUAUCUUUUUAAAUCACAGUGUAGGUAACGAUUUUGUUACGGUAUUACAGUGAAAGUAAACCUUACAAAGGAAGUCUAGUGAUAUUUAUAAUACAAUGGAAGUGGAAUUAAAUAAUAUAUGAAUAAUGGAACCUGAAAAAACAAAACAGCCAGAAAUCAACGAUGAACAUGUCAAAGCAUAUCUCGAACAACGAAAAAGAGCUAACGAGAGAAAGCGGAAAUACUUGGACAGUUUGACUCCAGAGGAACUGGAAGAGAAAAGAGCGAAAGACAGGCAAUACUACCAACAGAAGAAACAUAAAAAGAAGACAAUAGAAGAACUAACAGAGCAACAACAAGAAGGACAAAGAAAUACGUGGCGAAGGGAAGAGAAGUAUAGAGAGAGAGGGAAAUUGUAUGAAGAGCAAACAACGGAAGAGCAUACAAUAACACAAACCUAUACCUUAUCUACAUCUAAUUGUAUACUGUUACCUAAAACUACCUUUCAAACUACACUCACAGUUAAUAUGCAAUUACCACAAACUACCUACAGUAGUGAACCUAUACUCAUAAAUAGCAUUCAGUUACCUAAAACUACCUAUAGUAUUCAAUCUACACCCACUAAUAGUCUUCAGUUACCUGAAACUACCUAUAAUAAUCAACCUACACCCAAUAAUAGUAUUCAGUUACCUGAAACUACCUAUAGUAUUCAACCUAUACCAAAUAAUAGCAUUCAGUUACCUGAAACUACCUAUAGUAUUCAACCUACACCAAAUAAUAGUCUUCAGUUACCUGAAACAACCUACAGUAAUCAACCUACACCAAAUAAUAGCAUUCAGUUACCUGAAACUACCUACAGUAUUCAACCUAUACCCAAUAAUAGCAUUCAGUUACCUGAAACUACCUAUAGUAAUCAACCUACACCAAAUAAUAGCGUUCAGUUACCUGAAACUACCUAUAGUAUUCAACCCACACCCAAUAAUAGCAUUCAGUUACCUGAAACUACCUUCAGUAAUCAACCUACACUCGUAAAUAACUUUCAAUUACCUCAAAUUACUUAUAAUAUUCCACUUAUACCCACAAAUAGUAUGCUGUUACCUAAAACUACCUACAGUAUUCAACACAUACUGAGAAAUAGCAUACAGUUACCUCAGACUACCUACAGUAUUCAACCUACACCCACAAAUACUAUUCAAUUACCUCAAACCACCUAUAAUACCAUGAUGUUGCCUAAAACUACCUACAGUAUUCAAUCUAUACCCACAAAUACCUUUCAAUUACCUCAAACUACCUAUAGAAUUCCACUUAUACCCACAAAUAGUAUGCUGUUACCUAAAACUACAUACAGUACGCAACCUAUACCUGGAGGUAACAUACAACCAAUUCCUACUAGUACAUAUAUUCUACAUAAACAAUAAUAAAAUGGUUGUAACUGAAAAGAAACGAUUUAAAAAUCUAUAGCGUGUUUAUU